CCCCGGCAUGCAGCCUAAAGCCAGGGGCGGAGCGGAGCCCUGCGGCAUCCAGAGCUGUCAGAGAUCCAGCCUGCCUCCUCCACAUUGAACCGCAGCAGAGCUGAGGGGAAAUAAAGGGAAAACUAUGAAACUCCUGCAGCUUUAGAAGCAAGUUUAUAAAGUGUUUUUGACGUGAGGAAGAUCAGCGGGACGGAAGAACUCCUCUAAGUUUUAAUUUGUUUGUUUUUGUAGUUUUUUUAAAUAAUUUCUCUAUCUGUGCAGAAUGGAGGAUGAGCAGAGGUGUAAAGUUUUUGAUAAAGCAGCUGGUGAGAGGAGGAUAAAUCCCACAGCAGGACAGAAACUAUGGAAGCAGUCAAUCUGGAAUAAUCUGUCCUGGAUUAUGGUCUGCAUCUCUGUGUCUGCUCUCUGCUUUGGACUCUGUGUGUUUGUCCUAAUGAGGACCAUGGAGCUUCAGUCCAGGAUCCUGAGUCUGGAGCAGCAGCAGGAUGAGAAGUUCACCGCCUGGAUGAUGACUCUGGAGCAGGUGGAGCCCCUCAUUGUUGGACGGCUGGACCAGUUACUGGAGGAGAAGCUCGCCUCACAGCUGCCAAAGCUACGGGAGGUUAGAGAUGCUCCUAAAAACUGCCUUUGUCCUCCAGGACCUCCAGGUACACCAGGAGAGCCCGGUUACUCUAUCAUAGGACCAAGAGGACCUCCUGGACAGCCUGGUACAAGAGGAUUCCCUGGGUUUCCAGGUCCCAUAGGGUUGGAUGGCAAGCCCGGGCAAAAAGGACAAAAGGGAGAUAUAGGUCAUCGUGGUCCUCAAGGAAACUUGGGGCAUCCAGGACCCAAAGGGGAAAAGGGUGUUUGUGGAGAUUUGACACACCGGAUGUUGCCCAUCACCCUUCGAAACAUGCCUUCUAUAAGCCCUCUAAUCCUAAAACGGCUCAAGCAGGGUGUCCCUGGCAUACAAGGGCCCCCAGGUCCUCCAGGACCCCCCGGAUCUCCAGGCCCUAAUGGUCCCACUGGGCCACCGGGUGAAAAGGGAGAGCCCAACCUGUUGGAGAAGGGGUGUAAGGGAGAACCAGGUUCACCAGGAGUACCAGGUCCAAUUGGGCCCAAGGGUGAGAAAGGAAACAAGGGGGAACCAGGUAUGGAAGGCCCUGCUGGUCCAAGAGGUCCACGGGGGCCAACUGGGAUUCCAGGAAAGGCUGAUAUCCAGAACACUGAAAAUGAUAUCCGCAAUAUACCACAAAGGGUGCUUCCUGGUUUACCUGGGCCUCCGGGACCCCCGGGAAUCCCUGGUGCAAAGGGAGAAGUUGGUCUACCAGGUCCUCCAGGAGUGGAUGGAGAAAAGGGAUCCAGGGGGAAGCCUGGAGAGCCUGGUCCUUCAGGUCCAGCUGGUCCUCAAGGUCCCAAAGGGGAAAGUGGUGUCAUGGGCUUCCCUGGAGCCAAGGGUGAAAAAGGAGACUUAGGUUUAUCUGGAUCUCCUGGAGACCCAGGUAUCAGCAUCAAGGGAGAGAAGGGAGAGACGGGUCAGAAAGGUGACAAAGGAGUCAGAGGCUAUCUUGGACUUCCUGGGGCUCAUGGGUUAGACGGCAAACCUGGUGCAGUGGGUCUCAUAGGACCAACAGGUAUACCGGGGCCUGCAGGGCCAAAGGGAGAGAGAGGUGAAAAGGGAGAUACAGGCAUGCCAGGACCAAUUGGCCUUCAAGGCAUCCCUGGUUUAAAAGGACCAGAAGGACAUAAAGGAAAUCGGGGAGAGAGGGGCAAGAAAGGCAACAGGGGGGCCAAAGGGGAUAAGGGAGACCAAGGAGCACCUGGAUUAGAUGCCCCAUGUCCUUUGGGGGAUGAUGGCUUACCUGUUCUAGGAUGUUGGAAUAAAUGAUUAUAACCUUGGAAUGGUUUUUAUGUUUCUGAAGAGUAUAUUUAUUUUUUUACUCAUUCUUUUUUAUAUAUUUUGAAUUUUAUAGGAAAUAAUGUAUUAAUCUGAUAUAUUUUAAUUUAAUCAUGAAUUGAAAGUGAUGAUAUAAAUUAUUUGUAUUAAUAUAACUGAAAAGUAAAAUUAAAACACAACAUGCAUGAUUAAGGAAGAAUAUGAGUGUGUAAUGUGAAAUAGUCAAUGUUUACUACUGUAUUUGCUGAAAAUGACAGCUGGACUAUUUUUCAUAUUUAUUCUGUUCUUAACAUACCUUAAAGAGAUAUGAGACUCAUACACAGAAAUGUGGGAGGAUGGGCAGUGGCGGGUGGGUGGGGUUGUUUACAGGCCAGUAGAGCUUUCAGGGUGAUGCCUGCAACAGCUCAGACCAGUGUUUCUUAACCUUUUUUGACUUGUGUACCCCUUUGGACAUUUUGUCUUACCAUGAGUAAGUAUUGUCAAAAGUAUUGAUGAUUGUCCAAAAGUGGAAUGUACAAUAACUGAUUAUAAAAUAAAAGCUAUACUACUUAAUCUAUUAAUUGAGCAU